AAAAAGAAAAAAAAGGAUCAGAGACGUCACGCUUCUUCCCAACAACUGAAGCUGUGUCAUCACCAUUCCCACCGAAGAAAGAUCUCCCAAUUUCUUCGUCUUCUUCACCAGAAGUAAUUGGCAAAAUCGCUUUUAGCCUUCUCAAGGAGCCAUGGCAAAGCCUCACGUCACCUUGGAGGUCGGAAACGACGGCGUAGCUGUCAUUUCCAUGUUCAAUCCUCCCGUUAACGCCUUAGCUCUUCCAACUGAACGAAUUUUGCUGCUGCAGUUAUUGCGGGCUUGAAGGAGAAGUUCGAUGAGGCCACAAGGAGAAACGACGUUCAAGCUAUCGUUUUGACAGGCAAGAAUGGAAAAUUUUCCGGUGGAUUUGACAUCGGUGUUAUGCAGAAGGUUCAUCAGACUGGGGAUGUUUCACUUGUGCCUGAUGUAUCUGUUGAUCUUGUCGUUAACACAAUUGAAGAUUGCAAGAAGCCCGUUGUUGCGGCCGUGGAAGGACUAGCUCUUGGAGGUGGCCUAGAACUAGCAAUGGGUUGUCAUGCGCGUAUAGUUGCACCUAAAACUCAACUUGGCUUGCCGGAAUUGACACUUGGAGUGAUUCCUGGCUUCGGAGGUACACAACGUCUUCCAAGGCUUGUAGGACUGUCCAAGGCCAUUGAAAUGAUGCUGUCAUCCAAACCAAUCACAUCUGAAGAAGGGAAGAAGCUUGGUCUUGUUGAUGUUAUUGUGUCUUCUCAAGAACUUCUGAAAGUAUCUCGGCAAUGGGCUUUAGACAUCAAAGAGAAGCACAAACCACGGAUGCGUUCGCUUCACCGGACAGAUAAGAUUGGUUCACUGUCUGAAGCACUCAAGUUAUUGAAAGCUGCCAGACAACAGGCCAAAAAGACUGCUCCAAAUAUGCCUCAGCAUCAGGCAUGCCUUGAUGUGAUUGAGGAAGGUGUUGUUCAUGGAGGAUAUCAUGGAGUUCUAAAGGAAGCAAAAGUAUUCAAGGAGUUAGUAAUGUCGGACACAUCAAAAGGUCUUAUUCAUGUGUUUUUUGCUCAGCGUGCAACAUCAAAGGUGCCUAAUGUCACUGAUAUUGGGCUCAGACCAACGCAAAUAAAGAAGGUUGCUGUCAUUGGUGGAGGUCUAAUGGGUUCUGGCAUAGCUACUGCUCUUAUUAUGAGCAAUAUUUAUGUUGUACUGAAAGAAAUCAACUCUGAAUACCUUCAAAAAGGAAUAAAGACAAUAGAAGCAAAUGUUCGAGGCUUAGUAACUAGAGGAAAGUUGACAAAGGAUAAGUCAGACAAAGCCCUUUCAAUGCUCAAUGGUGCAUUGGACUACUCAGACUUCAGAGAUGUUGAUAUGGUCAUAGAGGCAGUUAUUGAAAGUGUUCCUCUGAAACAAAAAAUUUUUAGUGAAAUUGAGAAAGUUUGUCCUCCUCACUGCAUCUUGGCAACAAAUACAUCGACUAUUGACCUCAAUAUAAUUGGAGAAAAGACCAGUGCUCGAGAUCGCAUUAUAGGUGCACACUUUUUCAGCCCUGCUCAUAUAAUGCCUCUUCUGGAGAUUGUGCGCACAGAAAAGACUUCACCACAAGUAAUUCUUGAUCUCAUGACAGUUGGGAAAUCUAUAAAGAAAGUUCCUGUUGUGGUGGGUAACUGCACUGGCUUUGCAGUCAACCGCACUUUCUUCCCCUAUUCACAAGGUGCACAUUUUCUGGUCAAUUUAGGUGUCGACGUGUUCAGAAUUGACAAAGUGAUCAGGAAUUUUGGCCUCCCUAUUGGUCCUUUCCAGCUUCAGGAUUUAGCUGGAUAUGGAGUUGCUGUUGCAGUGGGGAAAGAAUUUGCUAAUGCCUUCCCUGAUCGCACAUUCUUGUCUCCAUUAGUUGGACUUUUAAUUAAAAGUGGACGAAAUGGUAAAAACAAUGGGAAAGGAUAUUACAUUUAUGAGAAGGGAAGCAAGCCAAAUCCUGAUCCUUCAGUGAUGCCGAUCAUUGAAGAGUCUAGGCGGCUUACCAAUAUUAUGCCUAAUGGAAAGCCUAUAAAUGUCACUGACCGAGAGAUAGUGGAGAUGAUGCUCUUUCCAGUGGUGAAUGAAGCAUGCCGUGUUCUGGAUGAGGGAGUGGUAGUUCGAGCAUCAGAUCUUGACAUUGCUUCUGUUUUGGGAAUGAGUUUCCCAUCUUAUCGUGGUGGCAUUGUGUUUUGGGCAGACAUGGUUGGACCUAAACACAUAUACACAAGUCUGAAGAAAUGGUCUCAAUUAUAUGGUAACUUCUACAAACCAUCAAGGUAUUUGGAAGAACGUGCAUCAAAAGGCAUGCUGUUGAGUGCUCCUGCUUCACCGACAAGAUCACGCAUGUAAGAAAAUUCUGGAGAGAGUGCUCGAGCAUUAUGCGAAUUCAGCAAAAUAAAGUAGUUAAUAAGUUGUUUCCUAGUACUCCUAAAAUUUAGUUAGUCUGGUUUCAGAAGAUGUUCAUUUUAUCAGUCGCUAUAUGCUUGGAAAUCUUUUUGUAAAGGCUAAAUUGAGUGAGCUGAUUUUUCUUGAAUAAUGAGGAUGAGUUUAUAGUUAAAUGGUACAAAUUGCAAACUUCUGCCUGUUCUAAAUGACAGGUGAUGAUUACGUUAUAGAAAAGAAGCUAAAACUGUUGAUAUUA